AUGCGUGAAUUAUCCGAUCGAUAUGGUUUUUCAAAUUCCGACAAAGUGGAGUUGUCACGAUUUGCCCUCUUAUUCGAUGAAUUGGAUCAGGCUAAACAUCAAGAGACUAACCGAUGGAAAGAAAGAAUUGGAGCUUCGUCAGACACUAAGAUAAUAAAUACUUAUUCAGAUCGAGUAAGUGGUGCGUAUCAGAUCCGAGUUGAUAAGGCAGAAACACUGUACGAUACGACUCAGAACCAGAGCAAACUCGUAAACUUGGCCGUUGCCGGUACCAUCGAUGAGAAAGCAAUUAAUAAGAAGAAUUUGAAUACAUACACAAAAUUGGAAAAUUUAACUCUGGCACUGAUGUCUGCUCAGGCCAUUGGAUGCAACAUCAUCAACAUUGACAAUAUAGAUCUUAGUAAGGGAACACCGCAUCUUGUUCUGGGACUCCUUUGGCAAAUAAUUAGAAUUGGUCUAUUCAACCAGAUUGAUUUACAACACUGCCCCGGGCUGUUUCGACUAUUGAAAGAAGGAGAGACACUUGAAGAUUUGAGAAAAUUGUCACCAGAAGAGAUUUUAAUGCGAUGGGUUAACUAUCACAUGGAAAAUGCAAAUGUCAAUCGCCGUUUGACAAAUUUCACCACUGAUAUCAAUGAUUCCGAAAUUUACACUCAUCUUCUACAUCAAAUAGCACCCAAUGGCUGUGGCGUCACUUUGGCUCCUCUUUCACAAAAGGUACUUUGA